AUGAUUUUACCCUCUGGAAUCCUCUUCCUUAACUUCCUUCGAAGUGGUUCCAGCGACGUCGAAACUGUUAGCGUAACAUCGUUGACCGGAGAUUCUGCGAGCCAUUCUUCGACGUCGAGUUUUGACCACGUCACGGUCCCGGAGCACUGGGAGGGACUCCCACCUACAUGUCUGAAGAGCGCAGCUAUCUCCGACAACAUCACUGACGUAGCCGACUCUGACAUCGUACGGAACAACAUCAGUGAGCCCAGUAAGGACGUCGUAUUCUGCUGUAUUUACAACAACAGCCGUUUCCGAAAACCGAAACAAUACGACUACCUACCGAAACACGUACCAUUGCAUCUCUGCUCUUGCGUGAUCUACUGGUCAGUGGACAUCGACGCUGGUCAGCUGGUCAGUAGGGCUCCCAGUUUCGAUCACUACUAUGGUCUUCGACAGCUUGGAUCACUAAGACGGAAGUGGAACACGAUUUUGCUCUCAGUGGGAGGAUAUCCUGAGGACAGCUUUCAAUUCGCUCGGCUCGGUUGGGACAAGCGAAUGAUGGCAAGGAUCGCCGUAGACAUCCUGGACACCGUGCUUCGUUUCCACCUGGAUGGCGUCAACAUACAUUGGGUGUAUCCUGAGGACACCUGCGGACUUCCAUACGACGGAGAGACGCUGGCAGACCUUCUGGACAGACUGAAAGAACUGUUUCAUCUCAAUGCCCAAGUUGGACGCCAUUUCAAUAUUACGCUGAUGCUACCCGGCACCGCAAGCAUAGCUCACCAGCAUUUCAAUAUUUCCCUCCUUGCCGAUAAGGUUGAUACCUUGUUUUUCGACACGAAGGUUUCCACAUUUUCGACUAAUCAAGAUAUCGCCCGGCAGUGUUUGCUGGCAAAGUAUAAUUUCGAUGCAGCCUCGAAAGCAAUCAGCGCUCUGGCCCCAGUGAAGGCUUGCUUCAGCGUCAGCCUGCUCUUUGAAGCAGCAGCGUACCCUGGAGGCAAACCGUGGAUGCCACACGAAAUAUCCAAUGAAAGCGGCAAAGCUGCGCUCUUCGAGUUUUGUACACUAGGUGUGUGGGAGUUCACAUCCUUUCGUGGCUGCGAGGCAUACAGGUAUGGGAAAGGAACGCAGGGCGAAAUGUUUUUCGUUGAAUCUUUGACCUUGCUGAAACGUAAAUUUUCAAAAGGAAGAUGCGUCCUUGUGUACCACAUCGACUUCGACGAUUACAAUGGAACGUGUCCAUCACCUUUCGAGCAGGACUAUGGACUAAAAAGGGUACGGAAUGCCACAGUGUAG